AUGAGUCUCUCCACUAAGGACAAGGCAAUUGUCAAGGCCUUUUUUGGCAAGGUUGCCGGCAGGGCCGAGGAUGUUGGCAACGAGGCACUUUCCAGGUAAUUACAAUUAUUGAAUUAUUAAUACAAGUAAUUGAUCAAUACAAUUAUUUAAGACCUUUGAAUUACUUAUGACUGGUUGACAAUUCCUUAACAUACAAGUGCGUAAAAAUGGAACUCACGCGUAAAUGGAACUCCCUUUUUCCAAUGCACAUCAAGUAAAAAGAGUGGGGUCAUAUAGUACAACGAUAAACAUGCCACGCUUAACCGACGUAUUUUUUCACCCUCCCAGGACGCUGGUGGUGUACCCCCAGACCAAGACCUAUUUCUCCCACUGGAAGGACCUGAGCCUCGGCUCUGGCCCCGGUCAGGAAGCACGGUGGGACCGUCAUGGGAGGCGUCCUGGAUGCCAUUGAGAAAAUUGACGACCUUAGUGCUGGUCUUCUCACCCUCAGCGAGCUGCACGCCUUCUUGUUGAGAGUGGAUCCUGCCAACUUCAAGGUGAGUAAAUAGUUAAAAAUGCACUUGUUUUCUUUCUCACUAGUAGCUUUUUUCCAUUAGCAAACGUCCAAGCUUGAAUACUGUAAUAGCUUAAUGUAUGCAGCUUAAAAACCCAAUGGAUUUCAAUCUUUAGAAACAUACUCAUGAAAUAUGCUUCUAAUAAUGUUUCUGCUCUCUCUUCACAUCCCAAGAUCUUCAACCACAACAUGCUGGUGACCCUGGCCAUGAUGUUCCCUGAUGACUUCACCCCUGAGGUGCACGUGGCUACGGACAAGUUUCUGGCCCAGCUGGCCCUGGCUCUGUCUGAGAAGUACCGUUAAGCAAGGAGCUAGAUUUCCACUUGACAAUCUUUGUAGGGUGCCAAUUGAAAUUAAAAGAUGCAAUAAAUAAAUCCUACCGAUCGAAUCUGAAA